UUGUGCACUGGAAAGAAAAUUGCGGCCUUUGUUUUUGGCCUAGUUAAUCACUGAAAACUAUUUCCACUGUGUCAUGUGACAGUUCUCAACGCCAGGUGUCGCACCACAUGCAUCAAAAUGUCAGCGAAAAAUCAGAUCAACGUCUUCAUGGAGAAGUUCAAUACGAAGCUACAGGCGUGCCCCAUUGUUUGUAUCAAUGAGCCGGAUACGCAGAGCACCACUACGGAAAUAUUGCAGACAUCGCCAGAGAGCACACUAGAGAAGCCCAAGGCAACAGCAACUGUUGCAGCCAACAGCAGCAGCAGCACCAACAGCAACACCACCACAACCACCAACAACAACAACAGCAGCUGCAUCACAAUCAAUGCAACACCAACGACAGCAGUCGCAGCCACAGCAACAGCAACAGCAACAGCAGCAGCGACAGCAGCAACUGCUGCCACAACAAGCAGCACAGCGGGCGUAACUAAGAUAACAAUAACCAGUGACAACAGUCAGAGCAAUAGCAACAAUUGCAGCAGCAGCAACAUACGGAGCAGCAGCAUAGUGCUUAACGGCUACAACAGCAGCAGCAACAGCAACAGCGCCAAUCUACGAAGCAGCAACAUUCGCAGCAGCAGCAGCAACAACAACAACAGCUUAAUAUCCAUCACCAGCCUGAAUAGCUGCAGUGACUUGAGCCAAGGCAGCACAGCGACGCUCAAGCUCAGCAGCAAUAGCAACAGCAACAGCAACAGCAGCAGCAACAGCAACAGCAGCAAUUGCCUGAACAGCAGCUGCAGCAGCCGACCCAACGGCGGCGCGAGCGACACCUCCUCGGCCAAUUUUCAGGAACGUUUCGAUUUCGAGCACUGGAAAAGUAUUUUGAGUGAUUUGAGCUGUUUCAAUAGUAUCUAUCGCUACUGGCAACAGUACAGCAGCAGCAGCGGCAGCAGCAGCAGCAACAGCAACGGCAACAGCAACGGCAGCGGCAACAGCAACGUUUGCGUGGAACAUGCAGAUGAGAGCCGCAGCUUGGGCAACGGCGCCAACUCCUUUUACACCCACAAUAUAUUAGGCUACACCUUUGGCUAUCCAUUUGGACUGAGCAAGGAGCACGAGAGCGACGCCCACGACAACAGCAGCAACAGCGGCGCAGGCAACGGCAGUGUUGCUGGCUUCAAGAAAUCGCACAGCAGCUGCGAGACCCCAUUGCAGAAGCACUACCGACAGCAGCAGAAGAAGAAGAUGCCGGUGUUUCGAGGCAARCGCGUCUGGUGCGGUUGUUUCAAGGAUGACGAGCCACCGGAGAUAUGUGUGGUGGAGGGCGAGUUCACGCUGCAGACUCUGACGCCCACACAGCCAAUGCCGUCGGUGGAUGAGCUGGACACGAAGUUCGCAGAGCUGGUCGAGGAGCUGGACCUGACGGCGCCCAACAAGGAGGCGAUGCUCAGCCUGCCCGCCCAGAAGAAGUGGCAGAUCUACUGCUCGCGCAAGCUGCCCGUCGACGCCAACGACGGGCCCGAUGCAGCCGCCAUCACCCAGCCACCGACCGCCGAGCAUUACAUAGAGCGCCUGAAGGAGCUGGUGGUGCACGUCUCGCUGUCGCCGGAGGACUCGCCCAGCCACGAGCUGAACACGCGCAUGGACAACCACGCCGCCUUUGUGGACGCACUGAAGACGGCGUUGCGCACCUCCACGCACAGCUUUGUGCUGCGCUUCGUGGAGCUGGAUGGGCUGCCGGCCCUAUUGAAUCUGCUGCUCCAGCUGGACAUACGCGUAGCGAACAGCUCCUUGCACACCAGCUUGAUCGGCUGCAUCAAGGCGCUGAUGAACAACUCGAUGGGCCGCGCCCAUGUGCUCGCCCAUCCGACGGCCAUCGACACAAUCGCCCGCUCGCUGGCGGCGGAUAACAUCCGAACGAAGAUAUCGGCCCUGGAGAUACUCGGAGCGGUUUGCCUGGUGCCCGGCGGGCAUCGCAAGGUGCUGCAGGCGAUGCUGCACUUCCAGGAGUUCGCAACGGAGCGCACGCGCUUCCAGAGCAUAGUCAACGACCUGGACCGCUCGACGUAUGCCUACAGAGAUAACGUUAAUCUGAAGACGGCCCUGAUGUCGUUCGUGAAUGCGGUGCUCAAUUACGGGCCGGGCCAGGAGAACCUAGAGUUCCGCCUGCACUUGCGCUACGAAUUCCUCAUGCUGGGCAUCCAGCCAGUCAUCGACAAGCUGCGCACACACGAGAACGAGACGCUGGACAGGCAUUUGGACUUCUUUGAGAUGGUGCGCGCCGAGGACGAGAAGGAGUUCGCCCGCCGCUUCAACGAGGAGCAUGUGGACACCAAGAGCGCUGGCGCCAUGUUUGAGCUGCUGCGCCGCAAGCUGAGCCACUCGCCCGCCUACCCGCACAUGCUCUCACUGCUCCAGCACAUGCUGCUGCUGCCCUAUACUGGCCACUGCACGGAGCACUGGCUGCUGAUUGACCGCGUCGUGCAGCAGAUUGUGCUGCAGGUGGAGCAGCGUCCGAGCAGCGACUUGAUCAGCGACCCCGAUGACCCCGGCAAGCAGCUGAAGCUGGCCAGCGAGUCGCCCGUGCACGACCCGGACGUGGCGCCCCUUCAAAUCGACGUCAACAAGCUGGUGCGGCUGCUGGUCAAGGAGGAGCAGCUGACGCAGGCGCGCAAGCGAGCCGACGAGCUGGAGCGCGAGAACUUUGAGGUGCAGUCGCGCCUGGCCAAAAAGGAGCAGGAGCUGGACUUGCGCAUGCAGGAGAAGGAGGACCUCGAGACGAGCCUAGCGCGCAUGCGCGAGCGCCUCGAGAAGGAGUCCGCUCAGCACUCGCAGGCCGUGCAGCGCGCUCAGACCGCCGAGAUGAAGGCCGAGGAUCUGCAGCACCGUCUGCAAUCCGAGCAACAGGAGCGCGCUCGCCUCGAGCGACUCGUCACCGAGGGCAGCAUACCCGACGACCAAAAGGUGGCCGGCCUCACUGGCUGCAACGGCGCCGUCUCGCCGCCGCCACCACCGCCGCCGAUAAAGGCGGUGCCGCCGCCACCGCCGCCGAUGGCGCCAGCCAUGUUGCCGCCACCACCACCGCCCUGUCCCGGCGCGCCACCACCGCCGCCCAGCAUGACGCCAACAAUGGCUCCAGCACCACCCAAAGUGGAGUUGCCAAAGAAGAACGUGCCACAGCCAGCGAACCCCUUGAAGAGCUUCAACUGGUCCAAGCUGCCCGAUGCCAAGCUCCAGGGCACCGUCUGGAGCGAGCUGGACGAAAGCAAGCUCUACAACAACAUGGAGCUCGAGAGCAUCGAUAAACUCUUCUCGGCCUAUCAGAAGAACGGCGUAUCGACCACCGAUGGCUCAUAUGAGGACUUGCGCGUCUCUGGCAAAAACAAACAGAAGGUGCUCUCCGUUAUCGAUGGACGGCGCGCCCAGAACUGCACGAUAUUGCUGAGCAAGCUCAAGAUGAGCGACAUGGAUAUAUCCAAAGCCAUACUCUCCAUGGAUAGCAAUGAGCAGCUGGCGCUGGAUAUGGUCGAGCAGCUGCUCAAGUUUACACCAUCUGCCGAGGAGCGUGCGCUGCUGGAUGAGCACAGCGAGGAUAUUGAGUCGCUGGCACGUGCGGAUCGUUUUCUCUACGAGAUAUCCAAAAUUCCGCACUAUGAGCAGCGCUUGAAGAGUUUGCACUACAAGAAGCGCUUUAUGCUGACAGUGAACGAUCUAAUACCGCGCAUCACCAGCGUCAUGGAGGCCUCCCGGGAGGUGGCACGCUCGAGGCGCUUGCGCAAGCUGCUCGAGCUGGUUCUGGCAUUGGGCAACUAUAUGAAUCGGGGUGCACGCGGCAACGCGUCAGGCUUCCGGCUGGCCUCGUUGAAUCGCUUGGCGGACACCAAGUCGAGCGCUGCCAAGGGCACCACACUGCUGCACUAUCUGGUGCAGGUGAUUGAGAAGAAGUUCAAGGAUCUGCUCAAGCUGGAGGACGAUAUACCGCAUGUGCGUGAAGCGUCCAAGGUGUCUCUCGGCGAAAUGGACAAGGAUAUACAGAUGCUGCGCACGGGCCUGGCAGAUGUGGCGCGUGAAAUCGAGUUCCAUCGCAGCUCCGGCCCGGCACAGCAGGGCGAUCGGUUCUUGCCAGUGAUGCGCGAAUUUCACGCUCAGGCCUCGGUGCGAUUCGCGGAGCUCGAGGAUAAAUUCCAGGACAUGAAGACGCGUUUCGAUCGGGCUGUGCGGCUCUUUGGCGAGGAUGGCUCAGUGCUGCAGCCGGACGAAUUCUUUGGCAUCUUCGAUUCGUUCCUCGCUGCAUUUGCGGAGGCGCGACACGACAACGAGAGCUUCCGCCGCCGCCAGGAGGAGGAGGAGAAGCGCGCCAAGCAGGAGGCAGAGCUGAAGAAACGCACCAUCGAGCGCAAAAACAAAACCGGACUCAUGAGCAGCGUCGCCCGCAAUCUGGGCUUGAAGUCCGCCAGCAAUGGCAGCGGCUCAGGCAGCGAUUCGCUGACCAAGAGCGACAACAAGGGCGAAUUCGAUGAUCUGAUCUCGGCGCUGCGCACCGGCGACGUCUUUGGCGAGGACAUGGCCAAGUUCAAGCGUUCGCGCAAAGCGCGCAUUUCGAAUGGCUCAGCAUCCGGAGGCGGGGCCGGAGGAGGAGCUGCCCCAGCCAGCGGACAGAACUCGCCGCCGCGUCUGCAGCGCGAGGAGAGCGGCAGGGAGCGGGAGCGCACAGUGAGGCGACAGUAGACAGUCGACAGUCGACAGCAGUAGACAGUAGACAGUAGACAGUAGACGCCUCAGCUCAGUAGUCAAAAACAAAUCCCCCAUUUGAUUUCUCACAUUUUUGUUAUACCACAAGCUAUAUGAUUUUCUAUAUAGCUGCAGAUCACCAAAUUUUGUAAACUUAUGAAAGCUGAAGAAG